AAGAGGAGGAGAAGAGGAGAAGAAGAGGAGGAGAAGAGGAAGAAGAGGAGAAACAUGGAGCCACAGACACUGAAUUAAUCCUGUGAAACUGAUUGAAUAUGAUUUUAUAAAUCACUCAGCGGCGGAGACGGUUUGUUGAAGCUUCAUUUAAAAUGUCAGUGAACACUUCCUGUGAGGAGACGAGUGUGUUCAGGCUCCUCGCGGGUCGCGUGGUGAAGAGGCCGAGGCAGGAGGAUGGUCAGCGGCUGCAGGAAGCAGCGAUUCAGCUGCUGGAGCAGCAGCAGAACCUGAGCCGUCUCCUCAGGGAGGUGUCUGAUCACGAUCGGUGCCGUCAGACUGGAGACCAGAGACCUGCAGCUGGAGGCAUCACAGGGUCUCUGCUGGAGCGUGAGCUGAGGCGUCGGGCCACGGAGCUGGGCGUCCCGGUGGCCGUGCUGUCGGUGAAGUUGAUACUGGAGAGACUGACGGAGAUCACCGCAACUGAAGGAGACGAGGACGAGAGGCGAGAGCUGCUCACUUCCUCUCAGAGAGUCCAACUGUGUGUCCUGCUGGAGUCCAGCAGAGAACUGGUGUCACAGGGAGCCCUCUGCCCUAAACUGCUUUGGCAGGAGUACAGGAGGGAUCAG